GUAAGAUCCAAGUGCAGCUGAAUAAUGAUUUUUGCUUCACAGCUGAUGGCUCAUUGAACUCAUUUUGUGGUAAAUUUGCUUUGAAAGACAUCUUAAUGUUCAGUGAUAAGUUCACUAACUUGAAUGAUAUUGUGUAAUAAGGUUUAUUAGUGAUCAUUUGUCUAUCUUUGUCUAUCCUGAAAACACUUUGAUUGGGAUUUUCCUCGAUUUAUAUGUGUACAUGCUGCCUAUUUGUGAUCAGAGUGUAGUACAACUUCAGUGUGAAUUAUAUUUAGGUUUGCCCAGGGAAUUUCACAGUGACUGAGACCAAUGUGCUUUCUGUGUUCACAGAGAAAAACUCAGCAACCACCAGGAAAUGCGCCGAAGGAGGCGGCCAGCGUAGCGGAGCCAGAGGAGGCGGCGUUCGACGGCUGGCGCUCUCAGCACCAGCCCAACUAUAGCACGGCCAUGACCGGACUGGCUGCCUCGGCCGACCCCUACCUGUCGAGCUACUACGGCGGCGCCGCCGGCUACCCGCCCUACCAGGCGUUCGGCGUCGGCGACGGCGCCUGGAGCAGCGGCGGCGACCACCUGGCCUUCAUGGGCGGCUACAGCCAGCCGCCCGUGCAGCCCGACAGCUACGGAAUGGACGGAGUGUUUGGUGGACAGGGCUUCGGUGGCUUCGGCCAGCCGGGAUUUGGCGGAUACGGACCGUUUCAUGGUAAUGGUGACUACUCGGCCGGCUGGGGCGGCGGCAUGGGCCGCAAAUACGGGGACUACUAUCGUGGCGACCCGGCCGCGUACGGCGGUGAGGAGCGUUCCGUCAAACAGGUUGAACAGGGCAUGCAGCGGCUCAGCAUGGACCCCAAGCAGCCGGCGCACGACCCGCGCAUGUGCGGUGAGCUGGCGCCGGCCGCCGGGGGACCGCAGAAAAAGUCGUGGGCCAGUAUCGCCAGCCAGCCGGCGCGCGCGGCGCCGCUGGCCGGCGGCAAGGUGGUGAUGCCGAUGGCCGGCCCCGCGCCCAGAGACACCAUCGGCGUGUGGGACGGCAAGAACGGCGCUCCGAAGUCGGUGGGUCCGGCGGCGGUGGGCGCGCGGCCCGGCUGGCUGGCGCCGCGCGGCCGCGGCCAGCCGCCUCUCGGUUACCCGCAGGCGCCGCCCGCGCAGCCGCCGCCGCCGCCGCCCCCGCCCACGCACCCGGUACUGGACGAGCUGCGCGACCGCAACGAGUACAACCCCAAGGAGUUCGACCUGAGCGCCAAGGGAGCGCGCUUCUUCGUGAUCAAGUCGUACUCGGAGGACGACAUCCACCGCUCCAUCAAGUACGAGAUCUGGGCCAGCACUGAGCACGGCAACAAACGGCUGGACUCGGCGUUCCGCGAGCGCGACGGCAAGGGCCCGGUGUACCUGCUGUACUCGGUGAACGGCAGCGGCCACUUUUGCGGCAUGGCGCAGAUGCUCUCGCCCGUGGACUAUAGCUCGUCGUCCUCGGUCUGGGCGCAGGACAAGUGGAAGGGUCAGUUCAAAGUAAAGUGGAUUUACGUGAAGGACGUGCCGAACUCUCAGCUGCGUCACAUCCGGCUGGAGAACAACGAGAAUAAGCCGGUGACAAACUCUCGUGACACGCAGGAGGUGCCGGCCGACAAGGGCCGCCAGGUGCUCAAAAUCAUCCACGCGUUCAACCACCGCACCUCCAUCUUCGACGAUUUUGUGCACUACGAGCAGCGUCAGGAGGAGGAGGAGGGUCGCCGGCCGGCGGCGCACCAUCCAGCUCCAAACAAGGCCACCAGGAGGAGGGCGACCCGGCAGCGCGCGGCGGGGACCGCGCACGAGGCCGGGGCGCGCGCAACUAGCCGGCCGGGCAGCACGGCCUGUGGCGGCGGGCGUGCCCGGGCCGGCCGGCAGCUCGUCCCGGACGGAGCCGACGCCAGCCCGGACCGGCUAUGACCGCGCCGCCCAGCGGGCGCACCCGCAGCCGGUGCUCCAGCGACGGAGGACGCUGCGAGAGCGUGCUAAUCCAGAGACUGAGAAAGGCAACGCGCUAAUCCAGAGACUGAGAAAGGCUCGGCUAUGGUAAUCCAGUGACUGAAAAUGAUGGAAUUCGCUUAUCCAAUGACUGAAAAGUGCGGAUUCAACUAUCAAAUGACUCCGAAACAGACGUGGACUUAUCAGCUUGUGAUUGGCGCUGUUUGGACUCACCAGUGCGGUGACAUAUUAUAGUAUUGAGGACUCGCCACCCGGGGGCUGAGCAUGGUAAAGUGCAGUAAUCGCGUAAAGAGCAGCCGUAUCGGCCCGCUGUCUGCUUUAAAACAUACAGACUGACGUUAACAUGUCCAGGAAAUCGGAGUGCGUGUAUUGUGGCGCUGUGCUGAAAUGGGGUGCGUUGCUGGAGGGUUUAUAUGCCAGAAUGCCUGGCAGCAGAUGGUGUGAUUUAACCGGCGGAUUCGCUCCGGUCCAGAGUGGAACGCUCGUUUGUUAUCCGUUGCUUGUCUGAUCAGUCUGCCUGCUGGGCAUGGCGAGCUUCUAUAGAGUAUUGUUUGUAUAACCCCGGUAGAAGGGUGGGGCGCCCUAGUCUGGGACACAUCUAGAUUUGGUACAGGUUGCACUCACGCAAAGCUUCAGCGCAAUGUGGUCGGAUGUGCGUUUCUGUUGGUUUUUGGGUGACCUUACCUCCCAGCAAACAGUCUAGAUGCUUUGGGGACAUCAUAUCUACUUUGGCAAUGUUUUUGGUUAUGUUUCCUAAUGAUUUUCAUUGUGAGUGUAAUGUGCAUGCUUGUAAAAAAUGAAAAUUCAUAUAGCGCAAACCAAAUUGUCAGUAUGCUGUUGUUGAAUCUGUUAAAUAAUGUUCGCUGCCUACGAGCAUAUAUGGAAACGAAUUAGGUGACUGUUACUGUUAAAAGUCGUGCCGGCAGGGUCGCUAGUUUUCACAUGUACGCUAUACAUGUCAUCUAACAGUUUUCACACUCCCGUCUGUCUGAAAGUGGGCUCGGGCGGGCGCGGCGCCUUCUGGCCCGAGCCCGGCCGAGCUCCAGCCUGUCCGACUGUCUGUUCGCGUGUCUGCUGUCCUGUCUCUGUCUCCUCCGCGCUGUGGGGUAUCGGGAAAUACAGCCGAGGUCGGUGGAA